AUGCGCUUCACCGCCGUCGCCGUCCUCGCCGCGUCGGCCGCCGGCGCCGCCGCGUCGGCCGACGAACCGAUGCCCUACCGCCUCGCCGUCAGGUCCGUGCCCGGCCAGGGCCUCUUUCGCCGCAACGUCGACGGCUACAAGCCCGAGACGUUGAAAUGCAACCUGGGUGACACCUGCGGCGUUGCCUGCGGUCAGGAGUUUUCCCUCUGCCCUGCCUCGGAAGGAGGAGUCUCCCACUGCUUCAACCCGUCGGCCGGCGAGUCCUGCUGCACCGACGGAUCUGGCAACUCGUGCGAAAAGGGCUACUACUGCACUCACGACCGCAACAAGAAUUCGUGGUGCUGCCCCGAGACCAUGGACAUCGCCACCUGCGCCGCCAAGUACCACAUCGCCGACGGGCUCGAGCAGGCCACUGCCAAGCCGCCUGCGCCCUCGACGACGGCCGCUCCCUCCUUCUCGUCCAACGCCACGACGACGCAGGUGACGACCAUCUGCUCCACCACGUCCACGCCGGCGUCGAAUGCCACCACCUUUGCCCACAACACCACCGCCGUCUACCCCUCGUCGGCCUGGCCCUCGGCCUCGGCCCCCUCCGGCAACCCGGUGCCCCAGGGCCUGCUCAACGUCAGCGGCGCCGCCGCCUCGGGCGUCAGCGGUCUGCUCCUCGCCGCCGCCGCCGCCGUCGCCCUCUUGUGA